GCGCUCGCGUACUGGCGCUCUCAGAGGUGGAUCCGGAGCACUACGCCCAAGUUGCGAAGGAGCCAAGCUGAAUAAAGCUUCAUUAAAGCAAGAAAAUAAAAACAUGACAUUUUCAGUGAUCGGGCAGAAGCACACGACCGUCUGACCAAUUCUAACAGAUUCUGCACUUUAGCCGCUACUUUCUGUUACCGGUUCGGCUCCUCCCAGCCCCCGGGAAUUUUGCAGGACCAUGAUGCUCAGCAGCUCGGUGGACGUGUCCGGUCCGGGGGGCAUGGCGGCGGCGGUGGAGGCGGCGGGACGCAAUGUCAUACGCAGCUCCAGCAUCAGCGGCGCCAUGUACAGUCUGGAGAAGAGCCCCAGCGGGGGUAGUCCCGAGGGUCCAGGCUUGGGGGGCAACAAGAAGCGACGCUCCAGCCUAGGUGCCAAGAUGGUGGCCAUCGUGGGACUGUCACAGUGGAGCAAGAGCUCGCUGCAGCUCAACCAGCCAGAUGGUGGGACAAAGAAGCUCCGUAGUACAAUCCGACGGAGCACGGAGACAGGCAUCGCCGUGGAGAUGCGGAACCGUGUCACGAGGCAGGGAAGCCGCGAUUCUACGGACGGCAGCACCAACAGUAACAGCUCUGAUGGAACGUUCAUUUUCCCUACCACACGCCUGGGGGUGGAGAGUCAGUUCAGCGACUUCCUGGAUGGGCUAGGCCCUGCCCAGAUAGUAGGCCGGCAGACAUUAGCCACACCUCCUAUGGGAGAUGUUCACGUGGGAAUGGUGGACCGGGGUGGCCAGCUGGAGGUAGAGGUCAUCCAGGCUCGUGGAUUGACCCCAAAGCCAGGGUCAAAGUGCAUCCCAGCUUCAUACGUGAAGGUGUACGUGCUGGAAAACGGUGCCUGUCUGGCCAAGAAGAAAACCAAGGUGGUGAAAAAGUCCUUGGACCCGGUGUACCAGCAGGCGCUGCUCUUCGACGAGAGCCCGCAGGGCCGGGUCCUGCAGGUGAUCGUCUGGGGUGAUUAUGGCCGCAUGGACCACAAGUGCUUCAUGGGCAUGGCGCAGAUCCUGCUAGAUGAGCUGGACCUGUCCUCCAUGGUCAGCGGCUGGUACAAGCUGUUCCCCACCUCCUCACUGGCGGAACCCAGCAUCGCCCCACUGGUCCGCCGCCUGUCCCAAUCUUCCCUGGAAAGUGCCACUAGCCCCUCGUGUACCUAGUGGCCGGCCCAGCCAGCUGGCCCCGGGACCGAUGCAUCCGUGCAGACAUGAACGCACACGCACUCAUACACACGCACACACACAGAAACAUACGCACAUGCACACACACCGUCACGCACGUAUGCACAGAAGACGCUCCUCAGUAAAGACGCACAUUCUUACCACCUCUCUCUCCUACUGAAAGGCCACAUAAAGGGAUGAGCAGUACUCAGCCAUCAUUAAUGCCUACACCCAUACACACAAACAAAGGCAUGUAGGUACAAUGCUGACUGUCUAAGCACACAGCUGGCUCUCGUUCUCAUAUACUCUGGGCCAUGAGAGCGGGGCAUUGUGGGUAAGGGUGGAGGAGAGAGAUGGUUCUGUCUUAUCAGUUUGCCUGGUACUCAGGUGCAACCACAUACAGACACCCCCCUCCCCCCCCCCCACUGCUCCCCCCACAACCAAAGGAUGACAUGAUACCUUCCAGAAGGCAGAUCUCUCUAACGUUAAACAUCCAGAUCUACUGGACCGUUCCUGGAUGAGAAGAGGAACACUGAACACCGAAGCAAUGCCACUCCUUUUUGGAAGGCGAAAUAGACAGAAGAUGUAGCAUCCACACCAAUGUUCCAGCAUUCCUCCCUUACCACCGACGCUGACUUCCUGUGCAUUUUAUAGUGACGUCGCUUUCAGGAGGAAAACCUCACUUCCACACUAAUUUCUGAUGGCCCUUCGCCUGGGUCUCUCCAAUGCCUGCUGAAUGUUCUCUAUGCCAAACCCAUUAGAUAGAUUUUAUUUUAUAAAACCAAAGCAAUUACUAUGGCCGUUUCAUUACGCAUCAGAUAUAGAAGUAUGGAUAUGUAGCAGAGUUAAUGACUUCAAUGAAAUGCAAAAAAAAGAAAAAAAAACAGCUUAACAGGAAUUCAUAAUAAUUCAAGUUACGAAUGGGCACACUCAGCCAAAAAGUGCAGUUGCCCACCACGUUCCAAAAGGCACGUAACUACGGUUACAUGAGGUAGCGCAAAAACAUAUAAUUUGAGAGCAGUGCUUAUAUAUAUAUAUAAAUAUAUAUAUAUAGAUAGGUAUAUUGGUAUCCUUGUGUUCAUGUUUGUAUAUACAGCAUUCUGCACGUUUAAUUGCAACCUUUAUUCAAAGUGCUAUUUUUAGCUUGCCUUUAUAGAAGAAAGAUAGAUUCUACUGUAUUUAUUUUGCUAAUGUUAAAUAUGAUUAAUCUUGUUCAAAGACCGUCUUCUGCACUGAAUCAGGACCAGAGAGGAUGCGAAAUGGCCUCAUGGUCCUGAGACUGAGAGCUCGGACACAAGACCGACGUUGGCAACAUCAGUGGGAGAACAAAAAAACUGAGCAGAUUUACCAGCAUCCACUGCAGCUACCCGCUGCCAAAACCCUAGGCACUGUUGGAAGGUUGGGGGGGGGGGG